CUCCUCAUCCCACGUUUCCACUCUCUCUACCUCUCUCUCUGUUACCCUCCAUAGUCUAUCCUCCUUUAUUCCUUCCUUUUUCUCGGCGACAUUUCUUUCUGUCUAAUCUACAAAUGGCAGAAACGCCGACGAAACGUCUGAGAGAAGAAACAACUCAAAUCCCAGAGGAUUUUGAAGAGGCAAAACGCCAUAAAUCCUAUAAUUACAUACUUUCCUUGCUUGAAUCCGAAGAAGACGAACCCAACCAAGAUUUAUCUUCUCUAAUCACAAGCCUACAGCAAGAGCUUUCUUCGGAUUCCACCCCUGGCCUUGUUCAGGGUACGACAACCACCGAUUCCAACCAUGGGACGGCUGCUAUCACCGUUGAAGAUUACACAUCAGUAACUUCUUCGUCCAAUUCGUUGAAAGAAGAGGACGAUGUUAUAAGGCAUUUGCUGGAAGCAUCUGAUGAUGAGCUGGGGAUUCCGAACAGGGAGGUCGGGGCUGAGGCGGUGGAGUGCGGUGGAGAAGUUUUGAGCGGCGGCGGAGAUGGGUUGCUGCCGGCGUGGGGUGAUGUGUUGUGGGAGCUUGAAGAUGAGACUGCUAAUUACUACACCUGGGUGCAGUCUGAACUUUUCAUGUAGUGAUGGGUUUAAAAUAAGCAAACAUCAAAUGGGGAAAAAUUGGAAAUUUAAAAUGAAAAAUGUAGGAAGAAGAAAGAAGAAGGAGAAAAUUGAAAAUGAAGGCUAUUUUUUUGGGUUAUUCAUUUUGCACCCUCUCUGGCUGUCUCUACUUACGAAAAAACUGAAAAUAUUAAACCCCUCUUUCUUUUUUCUAGGAAAAAAAAUUAAAUUGUAGAACAAAUUUCUUUUAUUUUAUUUUCAAAAAAAUAUUAUGCAGUUUACAGUCCUAAAUUACACAAUUUUCGACUAUUGGAUAGAAACAA